CAUUGUACUAGUAGUGCCUGGGAACGAAACAAAGACAAGCGUUGUUUGAAUACAAAAAAAAAUCAUCAUCAUUGCCAUUGCAAUCAUCUACGACCGAAGACUUUUCCAAAUAACCGUGGAGGCACAAAGAAGAGCACAUUGUCUGAAAUUGAGCGCAACUCUUAUUCUAUUGUUGAUUGAGGGAAGGUCGUUCGAAUCCAGAAGUAAACCCAAUUAUCUUUCGGAUAUUACUUGUACUACGUUACUAACUUUGUAUCAUGGAAGGCAUCACCCAUCGACAGUCCUCGUCUUCGGCCAUCGAUGUCACCACAACUGAUACCAUAGAAGAAUCCGUCUUUUCUCCGUUGGAAAUAGAAGAAUCAAGCGCAAUAUCGGACAUCGAUGGCUACGACGACGAUGGCGUAUCCCCCCUCUUGGGAAACAACGAUGGCAACGGGACCAGUAGAACGAGCUCUAACACCAACGGAAAAGAAUUGGCCGACCACAGCCACGGUGCAGGUCCUCCAGGAUCGGCAGGGACACCACAAGUCAUAAUCAACAUAAUUAUAUCCUUUGUUGGAGCCGGUUUGUUAGGAGUGCCAAACGCCUUUUCCAAAUCCGGUUGGCUUUUGGGCUCUAUCACUCUUGUAUUGGUCUCCACUCUGAAUGUGUACGCCAUGCUCUGCCUACCGAGGGUGCAAAGGGUCGUCCAGGCGAAGUAUCCAAACGAAAUUGUGCAAUCUUACGGUGAUGUGGGCCGACUGAUUCUUGGAGAGAAGGGCGAGAAGGUCAUUUUUCUUUGCCUAGGAAUAUCGCAGGCGGGUUUUGCCACGGCCUACAUUAUCUUCAUUGCCGCCAACCUCAACAGCAUAUAUGGAUGGUCAAGAGGACUUAUUUGCGCAACAUGUGUUCCAGGGCUCUUGGGAUUGGUCCAAUUUCGAGAGCUGGCGUCGUUGUCACCCUUCUCGCUCCUGGCCAACACGGCCAACUUCUGCGCCCUCAGCGCGGUCUUGUUUCAGGACUAUGAGCACUACACGCCCCAUAAUGAUGCGAUUCACAAGGCCGACUUUGGKGGUGUCAUCUAUGUCAUGGCCGUUACCAUUUACAGCAUGGAAGGCGUCGGUUUGAUUCUGUCGCUUAAAGCGAGCUGCAAGCAGCCCCAACAGUUUUCUUACUUGCUUAUUGCAACGCUGGCAGCGAUCACGACGUUCAUGGCCAUCUUUGGCAGUGCGGGUUACUGGGCCUUUGGGGAUGCAACACUAGCUCCUAUCACCCUCAACCUGGCCAACCACUGGUCGGCAACCUUUGUCAAGUGUUCUCUGUGCCUGGGGCUGUACCUGACCUAUCCCAUCAUGAUGUUUCCCAUAUGGGCCAUUAUCGAAGAUGCGAACACCACACAGCUGUCCCGCAUUUCUGUCCGAUCCGCUAUUGUGCUGGUAUCAGCGCUCGUAGCCUAUUCGGUUCCGAACUUUGGAAAAUUCCUAAGCCUGGUGGGGUCCUCCAUCUGCACCCUCCUGGGGUUCGUCUUUCCAUCCUACUUUCACUUGCACACGUUCGGAAAGGAACUGCCGGUCUGGCAGAGAGGUUUGGAUACAUUUCUGCUGGUCGGAGGCUUUUCCUUUGGCUGCAUGGGGACCUAUCAAUCCGUGGUGGCUAUGAUGGAGGGGGAGCUGGAGGGCCAUCACUAGAUCGACGCAAAACACCGCAUCAAAACCAAGAAUAGACUGACGUAAAAAGGGACCAAAUGAGAUAGAUUUGCGCUAGAAUAUCUUAUAGUUCUUCCCAAGGAAUUUUUGAAAUACUGAUUUUUGAAGCUUUGGCUGGAUUCCAGAUGCGAAUCCACUAGCAUCAGUAAAUAAAAAGGAAAAAC